AUGUCGAGAUAUCUAUUUUAUUUUAUUUUUUUGUAUUAUUUGAUACAAAAUGUUGUUGGAUACAGUCAGUUAUGUGAUAAUAAAACGCGGAGUUGCACAACUCAGAUUUUGGGCCAUGACUACACAGAAGACACAUGCCAAAUGGAAUACUUCCCAUCUAACAGUGCAGCUUGCAAGGGAAUGAGCUUUGCACCAAUAGCUCCAAAUGCUCACAUUGGUGGUGUAAGCUUGAGGCCAUAUGUAUUACCAUUUGAGCAUGUUUCAUAUGGAACAGUCUACACAGUGAACCAUACCGUGCUCAACAUUACUUUCAGCAACAUUAAAUGGAAAACUAUGAAAUUUCGCUUCCAAUUCUCAAAGCACAAAAGUGUGGAAAACCAUUGCAGGAACAUUGUAAUAUCAAACAAUGUCACUAUAAACGAUCAGUCCAUGUUCUACUAUGACUGUUACUGGCCUGUUGCCGACGGGAAUCCCAAUGGCCAAAGCCACAUCCUGGACUUUGAAGCAACAGAUGAUACUGUAGUUAAUCGUGGACAAUAUUAUUUCAAUAUUCCUACUGCCCAGAUGCUAAGUCCGACUGCAACAGUAUAUGAGUGGAAGCCAUUUGUAUAUAUAGAAAUUCUAACUGAUAAAAUGAAGCUCCACGUUGUACCACCUCCCCCUCAUUUGAAAAUUACUGCAUAUCAGAUAGCAGUGCUAAGAGAAUGCGAUAAAGAAACACUCUGUAUAUUGGAUGAAACUGUCGCCAAUACCACUAUACAACUGAAGAAUAAUACUCAAGAAGUGAUGUACGAGACCAGCAUGUUAAGGAAAUCUGGGUCUUAUUAUUAUGUAGUUACAGUCUUUCAUAAUGCAUGUAACAGUGAUGCUGGGAAGUGUCAGUAUGUGGAGAGUCCAAGGAUUAGGAUCAGCAAUGAAGUCCAAACACUGAAUAUCUGCAUAGCAAGCAUUACAGCUUUGAUUGUGGCAACCCUCUUCGCUUACUACAUUGCUCUAAGAGUCAUACGUCGAUACUGUUGCAGGGACUACAGUCUUGCACCUGGAAAAGAGAUUCCAGCUCCACCGAAAGUAUUAGUGAUAUAUUCACCGGCGAAUCGACUGCACGCAGAGUGCGUGGCCUCCUUCGUUACAUAUCUUCGCUCCGAAUACGGCUUCGAAAUCAUGUACGACGGCGAUAUAUCGAACACUUCUCAUGCGGAUCCAUUCAUAUGGGCUGAUGAAGCGUUCCGUCUAGCUUCGCACAUUAUAUAUAUAGUCGGCCCCGCUGAAGAAACAAAUUUGUACAACAGUAUUUAUGACAAACCUAUCAUAUCAGCACACAGAAAUGUUGACAUCCUUUUACUCUCAAUGAUAAAGGCCCAUCGCACCUCAAGAUGCCAUAAGGACAUCAUAAAUGUUUUCUUUGAACACUCCGAUGGACAGAUACCACUUGAGACGAGGCACGACCGAGUAUUUUUCUUGUUAAAGGACUGGCAGAAACUAAUCUCAUACUUAUCAAGGAAUUUGUUGCCAAAGAAACAGAUAAUGAGGACGGAAAAGGGAAAAUGUUUUAUUGAUGACUUAACGAGGGCCAAGAAAUUGUUGAGUACGAAAAGGGAUGAUGUGGUGAUUAAAUGUGAGAAGAAUUGGAAUGAGAAGAAAGUUUUGUUGUAA